GGAGCUUUCUCAGCCAAUCAGAAUUCACCUGCAAAUCGCCUGCUCAAGUCAGAGCUAGCAAACGUUAAAUGAUAUUUACUCAACUGUCAUCCAAGGGGACAGACCGCCUUAAAGUUUUGUAUAUUACUUAGAAAACCAGAUAUAUUUGCAGGAAUUGUGCAAGUGAGAGAUGGGAGGAGAGAAGGACGCCGAAGGAGACGGAAAGACCAAGCACAAAGCAACAAAACUGAAAAAGCUAAGUAAUCAUGAGAGCGCUGGUGCCGGGGGAGAUACGCUCAAGAACAGUGCCAAGUCAAAUAAAUCUACAGAGAAAGGAGAUGGAAACAGUCACAAGGUCAAGAAAUUGAAGACAGAGACUGUGGAGUCACCCAACAAGCCCAGCAAGUUUGUAAAGCAGGAGGAUGACGACUUCACAGUAAAAAAGAAAGGGUUGAAAAGGAAAAGAAUUAAAGAUGAAAGUGCAGAAGAUCUAUUCGAGACCACUGCAACACCUACCUCCAAGAAUAAAAAAAAGCAGCAUACGAAGGAAGACGAGAGUGACAGAGAGGCUAAAAAGAAGAAGUCAAGGGAGAAAAAAGAAAAGACAGUAAAGAAAGAAGAAGGAGAGCAUCCAGUAUCGAAAAAAACUAAAAGGACAAAGGAUGAAGUAGAAGAGGCAAAACAGAGGAAGAUCAAAAAGAAGGAGGAGGAGGAGCAGAAUCGCUGGAGAUGGUGGGAGGAAGAGAAGUAUGAAGAUGGGGUGAAAUGGAAGUUCUUGGAACACAAAGGACCCUACUUCCCUCCUGAGUACCAGCCUCUACCUGACAAUGUUCACUUCUACUACGAUGGUAAAAAGGUGAAGCUGAGUUUGGCAGCUGAGGAAGUGGCGCUUUUCUUUGCCCAGAUGUUGGACCAUGAGUACACCACCAAGAAGGUGUUCCGGGAGAAUUUCUUCAAAGACUGGAGGAAGGAAAUGACCCAAGAAGAGAGAGUGCUGAUUAAAGACCUUGACAAAUGUGACUUUGGAGAGUUGCAUGCCAUGCAUAAAGCCAAGGUGGAAGCCAAGAAAAGCAUGACCAAGGAUGAAAAACAGGCAUUGAAAGAGGCCAACGAGAAGAUCGUUGAAGAGUUUGGUUACUGUCUGUUGGACCAUCACAGAGAACGCAUUGGCAACUUUAAAAUUGAGCCUCCUGGGCUGUUCAGGGGUAGAGGGGAGCACCCCAAACAGGGGAUGCUGAAGAAAAGAAUCCAGCCAGAGGACAUCAUCAUCAACUGCGGCAAAGAGUCCAAAGUCCCUGUUGCACCUGCUGGUCACAGCUGGAAAGAAGUUCGACAUGACAACACCGUGACAUGGCUGGCCAGCUGGACGGAGAACAUCCAGGGCCUCAUUAAAUACAUCAUGCUCAAUGCCAACUCAAAACUCAAGGGAGAAAAGGACUGGGAGAAAUAUGAGGUUGCUCGGAAACUAAAGUCACAUGUGGACGACAUCCGUAAUCAGUACCUCUCUGAUCUCAAGUCUAAAGAGAUGGGUGUUCGCCAAAGAGCUGUGGCCCUCUACUUCAUAGACAAGCUGGCGCUGAGAGCUGGUAACGAGAAGGAGGAGGGAGAGACUGCAGACACGGUGGGCUGUUGCUCGCUACGUGUCGAGCACAUCACUCUACACGAGCAACUGGAUGGCAGUGAGUGUGUGGUGGAGUUCGACUUCCUGGGAAAAGACUCCAUUCGCUAUUACAACAAGGUCCCCGUCAUUAAAAAGGUUUUUAAGAAUCUUAAACUGUUCCUGGAGAGGAAGCAACCUGGAGAUGAACUCUUUGACCGACUUAAUACAAGCAUGCUGAACAAGCAUCUGAGUUCUCUGAUGCCGGGCUUGACUGCGAAGGUCUUCAGGACAUACAACGCCUCCAUCACCCUGCAGCAGCAGCUCAAAGAGCUCACCAACCAGUCUGAAAGUGUGGCAGAGAAACUGCUGUCCUACAACAGGGCUAACCGAGCAGUUGCUGUCCUCUGUAACCACCAGCGGGCGCCGCCAAAAACCUUUGAGCAGUCUAUGGCUAACCUACAGGCCAAGAUCGAUGCUAGGAAAGAACAGCUGGCUCUGGCUAAGACUGAGCUGAAACAGGCCAAGAAGGAGGCCAAGGCCAAAGGUUCUGACCACAAGCUGCAGACGCUGGUGGAGCGGAAGAAGGCAGCCGUGCGGCGCUGUGAGGAGCAGCUGCUGAAGAUGGAGGUGCAGGCAACUGACAGAGAGGAGAACAAACAGAUUGCCCUGGGUACCUCAAAGCUAAACUAUCUGGACCCACGCAUUAGCGUGGCUUGGUGUAAGAAUAUGGGGGUACCUAUUGAGAAGAUCUACAAUAAGACCCAAAGGGACAAGUUUGCCUGGGCCAUUGACAUGACAGAGGCAGACUUUGAGUUCUAGCUUGAGUUCUCUCUCUGUGGUGCUAUACAUUAUGAUAUUACAAUGCAAUCAAGGAACCAUUCACUUUACAUAACCUACAAUCAUAGAAUGUUGCAUUUUUAAUAUGUUCAUAGAAUGCUGAUGUACUAAUUUGUGACAACUCCCACCAUGUAUUGUAUUGUUUACCUCAGUUUAUUUUUGUUUGGCACUUAAGGUAUUUUAUUUUGAGGAUCUCUGUUGGUUAGUUGUUGUGUGCAUUUUGUGUUUACAAAGAUUUCAAUAAAAGGUUCCUAUGAUGCA